AUGGCUCCCUCGUUUUGGGAACGGACAAAGGGUACCUCCAAGAAAGGCUUCGACAAGGCAUGGCACGCCCUUGAUAAGCUAGGAGACCCGGUCAACCGAAUGUCGAACCGAGUCGGAGCAGAGGCUUUUUGGCCCAUGACCAUCGAUAAAGAAAGCGACAAGGCUGCUCGCAUUCUCCGGAGCUUCUGCAAAGACGGUUUUUACGCUGACGAGGAGGUCGAUCUACGAGAGGAACAGAAUGUCCUCAACAAGGAGACUGGCAAGAUUGAUAAACCCAAGGGCAAACAACGGGUGAUGAAGAAAAUCCCCACCAAAGUUAUCCAGGAUGCCAAAGGCAUCGCCAUCUUUACCACCAUGCGCACUGGUCUAUGGCUUAGUGGCUCUGGUGGUAGCGGCGUGCUGUUGGCCCGUAUUCCUGAAACUGGCGAAUGGAGCCCCCCAUCUGGUAUCAUGUUGCACACAGUUGGAAUUGGGUUUCUUGCUGGAAUCGACAUUUACGACUGCGUCGUUGUUAUCAACACGUAUGAGGCUCUGGACGCUUUCAAGAAGGUUCGGUGUACAUUAGGUGGAGAAGUCAGUGCUUCUGCUGGUCCACUUGGGAUUGGCGGUGUUCUCGAAUCUGAGGUGCACAAAAGACAGGCGCCGAUUUGGACAUAUAUGAAGAGUCGGGGUUUGUAUGCUGGUGUACAAGUGGAUGGCACUAUCAUCAUCGAGCGCACAGACGAGAAUGAGCGAUUCUACGGCGAGCGCAUAUCGGUGACCGACAUCUUGGCGGGUAAAGCGAAACAUCCGCCUGCAUCAAUCGAAACUCUCAUCCAAACAAUCAAGGCCGCGCAGGGCGAUACGGAUGUGAAUGAAGAUUUGCUUCCCUCGCCCGGAGAGACACCCGGAGACAUGGAAAUACAGCAACCCACGAAUUUUGGCGUCCCGGACCCGGAGGAUCCUGACCCUUUCGGAGUCAAGGCUUUGGAGGCCGAAGGCCUCUUUAUCCGUGAGGCGGGCUCAAAAGCCCGACCCAGUCAGGAUGUGUUUGAAUUUAAACCAAGUCCGAACAGCCCUGUCUAUGCGACGUUCAGACGCAGUCUCGAGAGUUCGCCGCGCAACAGCUGGCGGACUAGUGUCCAGAGCUAUACAAGUGCAACGCGAGGCACUCAAACCGAUGACGACUUCCCGACUGCUCCGACUACGAUCAGCCGCGCGUCGUCGCGGAGCAACAAGGACUUUCCCGAACGCAGGGAUUCAAACCCGUGGGAUAACGAGGAGUCUCGCUGGGAGACUGUCAUUCCUGAACACCAUGAAGCUCACUUCCGCACUCAAGACAAGGGUGUGAAGGAUGAGCUGAUCAAUGAUGAGGACCUUGAAGUACACGAAGUCAGCAGUGCUAGACUCUCGAGGCGCGACAGCGUACCCAACACUGCUUCACCCGUUGCUGAGGACUCGGCUGCACCGGUCGCUCUUGGGCGCCACUCUCCUAGUUUCACUCGUGCUCGGCUUGUUACAAUCCCAAAACGGCAACCUCCUUCACUUCCUCCUCGAAACCCGUAUCGAGCGUCAACCUCAACCUCCAACCCAGCUUCACCUGUCCCUUAUGCUUCGUCAGACGACAAUCGCUCUGUAACCUCGAUCUCUACACACGCUUCGCUUAACGCCUUCACCGAAUCCACUGAUAACACCAAGAAGAAUUCGAGUCCAGGCACAUCCUUAGACGAGACGACUGAUUCCAACAAGACACCCGUGGGCAAAGACGACGAGUUCCACUCGGUAUUGAGUGAUCGAUCAUCGGUAUAUGGAUCUGAAACAGAUGCCAAACCUCAAGGCGUGGCUAUGACUUCGAAAGAAGAACCAUCAGAAGCCGGCAUCGCUUUGACUGCUGAUAAACCCACCAGCCCUGAGCUCACAACACCAAAGCAAGAAAACAUCCCCACAGCGCCACUCCACUCUUGA